UAUUUCAGGCCAGAGCUGUUAAACAGAUUGGAUGAGAUAGUGAUGUUUGAUCCUAUGUCCCACGAGCAUUUGAGAAAAAUCGUUCAACUCCAAAUGAAGAGUGUUGCUAAUCGGCUUGCUGAGAAAGGUGUAUCUAUGUCUGUCACAAAUGAUGCAUUAGACUACGUUUUAGCAGCCAGUUACGACUCGGUGUAUGGUGCUAGGCCCAUUAGGAGAUGGCUAGAGAGGAAAGUGGUCACAGAUAUGUCAAUGAUGAUUGUGCGAGAAGAAAUCAAUGACGACUCCAUUGUGUGCGUUGAUGUAAAUGAGGAUAAAACUGAUCUUGUCUACCGAGUAGAAAAGCAUGUGGAAGUGAAGACCGAGCAAACGUCAGAGGUUGUGAGUCAUUCAAGGAAUAAGAGGGGAAGUAAUAACGAAGGAAACAUCGUGACUCUAACCAAAAGAAUUAAAAAUGAAGUCAUAGUGUUAGAUUGAAGAACGAUGAAGGAUUGAAAGUUAGAUUCAUAUUGCUUUUACGCUCUGUUUUUUUCUUUCUUUUUUUUUGGUUUAUAUAUACUAUAAUAA